UGGAACAUCAUUGUUGUCAUAAAACUGUGCACGACACGAAUGGGACAAGACCAAUCCUUCCACGAAUUCUCGACAAAGAAUCUCUUUCAAAUGAAGAUACAUAAGUAAAAAAGUUCACUCAUUAGCGUUAGAAUUUAUGUAAUUUGUUUAAUCAAACUAUCAUAACACAAAGUCAAAGAGUGAAAUGAGUGAAAUGGACUGCCCAAACAUAACAGACAACUGCCGAGCUUGUCAAGAUAAUACACAGGAAGAUUCACGAGUACUUUUGUUUGAAAGUUUUAAACUCUCAGACAUUUACCAGGAAACCACAUCCCUGGACAUUCAUGAGAACGAUGGACUACCUAAAGUACUGUGCAAAAUCUGUUACGACCGCCUCCUGGAAGCUUACAACUUCCGGAAAAUGUGUUCCGCUGCAGUUCUGUAUUUCGAGAAGAUCCUGUCAAUGGAUAUCCCUGAGGAGAAAUACACCCCACCUGAAGAUCUAACUGAUCCCCUGAUGCCUACAAAACCAGAUCCCGCCGAUGAUUCGGAUUCAUCAAAUUCUAUUCCGGAGAAGAAAUAUAUCCCUCCGGAAGAAUUCAACCUUUCUGAAGUGCCUGCUCAAAUGGUCAUAGAUGAAAAGCCUCUGGUAGCUGAUGAUCCUGAUGAUGAUAAUCUCCUGAUUCCCACAAAAACUAGUAAGAAAAGUAAAAGGAGAAAAAAAUCCGGUCAACCCUACAAGAAGAAGACACCUGCUGCCACACCUCUAGAAAACACAGAGAGACCUAAAAAACGUCAGAAAGUCAAUCAUCAAUGCAGUAUCUGCAAUGUGAGAUACAACAGAAAAGAUCGUCUACAGAUGCACAUAACGAUUCAGCACGAGGGAGUGAAAGCUUUCAAAUGUGAAAUAUGUGGGAAGGCAUUCGGUCGUAGUGAUGCAUUGAGAAGUCAUAUGGUAACCAGACACGGAGCCAAGAGACAAUUUCAAUGCCCGGAACCAGGAUGUAAGAUGCAAUACGAAACCCAUCAAAGAUUGCAGAAGCACAUAAAAAGCUGGCACGAUCCAGAGAAUCCCAGAAAAAUUAAACCUCCUACCAACAAGGUGUGGGUGUGUGAGGUCUGUGGGAAGGAGUGCACAACUGCCGGAAGUCUCAAACAGCACGGUUACACACAUAGACCUAUCAAACCAUUUCCUUGUACGCAAUGUCCUAAGCGAUUCACAUCAAAAAAUUUCCUCAGGAUACAUACAAUGCACCAUGAAGGUAUUAGGAACUAUGAGUGUACGAUUUGUGGGGUGAAGACGAUAACUGCAAGUGCAUUGAAGGCCCACGUGAAUACUCACACAAGAGAGAAAAUUUUGUCUUGCGACUACUGUCCCUAUCAAAAUGUUAAUUUAGGAUAUAUGAAGAAACACAUGAAGGUAGUUCAUCUAGGAGUAAGGGAUUUCCAUUGUCCGCACUGUGAGAGAUCAUUCGGAAAGGCAGAGACUCUUAAGCAUCAUGUGAUGACCCAUACGGGAGAAAAGCCACAUGCCUGCAAUGAAUGCGGGAAGAGAUUCAUUCAACCAACAGCCCUCAAGACUCACAUGAAGACUCAUCUCAAGUCCAAGUGACUUGUUAAUCCAAAUUCUGAUUAUUAUGCGUCCUCAGAACUUCAUGGAGAUCUCAGUGGAGCAAUAGGCAAGACCGUUGGCUCUUGGCCGGAUCAAUUCCGACUCAAUUUUAUGUCGAGAAAAAGGAUAUUUUCACUUAAGAUCAAACGUGAUAAAAAUGCACCGCCUCUGCCCAAAAACUCCGCGAACAUGGAAGAAGCAUCGACACUACGAGCAAGGCGUUCCUGGGCAAUCUACGAUCAGCAGAUUCUUCCAACACGGGCACGUUGUAAAGAUUACAUUGUGAUAUAAAUAAAGUAUCUCGAAUCUCGAUACGAUUAAUAAUAAUAAGCACUUAAUAAAAUAUGAAAAUUAGUGAAAGUUAUCUAAUACAGUAUUAAAAAAGUUAUACCUCUAAUAAAAAUUACAUAUAAAACUCUGUAA